UUUGUACUUAAACACAUUGAAAACAAACCUUCAGUUCUGUAUUAGUAUCUAAUAUCUCAUCUUUAGUGUGGAUAGAGAAGUACCAAUUCAAAAGAACCAUUUGCAAUCAUCACAUUAAUUAUUAAUAGCAAAGUAAGGGUUUGUGGCAAUGGUAUGUUUACAGUCAACUCUCCUAUGAAAUGCUUUGUGCUGUGUCCUGUAUGCAGGAGGUAGUUUUCAAUGCAUGGUUGUUGAAAGAAUGUCACCUUCUCCAAAUUUCAGAAAUAUUACAUCUACUUCUCCCCCCUUGCCUAUUCUAUCAUUGAAGGAAAUUCAGUUGUCCUCUUAUUGUUUCUUUAUCACAAAGCUGCUGUAGUUAUUGCUCAGGAACACUGUUCUGAAUGAUUGAAGAUGGAUCGUUUGACAAUUUGUACAGGCUUCCUGCCCGAGUUCAGCAUAAGUUAGGUGGUAUUAACUACUAAUCUAAGUUUUAUUUCUAAGAUUGGACUUUAAAAAAGAAUUCUUUUCUAAUAUUUGGUAUGUUUUCCCAUUUUUCAUGAAAUUAUAAAAAAUACUACUUAAUGAGUUUGAAAUGAGAUUUCCAGUUUUCAUAUUUUUUUUUUAUCAACAAGGCCUCCCUAUUUGCAUUCUCAUACAUAGUUUAAAUGUUCUGGAAGAAUUAUCUUUUGUGUUGCAGUUAAGCUUAGGGCUAUUCUGGCUUUUGAUGGCCUCUUUUCUGGCAGAGAAGUCUCUGAACGUGGUCGGAACUGAACGUGAUCGAUUGAUGGCCAGUUUCAGAAUUUCAGAGGCCCUGCUGUUACUAUACAUGAGGUACUACAUGUGAGAUCAAAGGAAAAAUACAAGGAGAAGCAAAUUGAGGGUUACAUUUUUCCCUAUUUCAAUCACAUUUUUCUCAUUUAGGUGGUGAAUUUUGCUUGCUAGCUGAAAAUUUUUAUAUACAUUAUAGAAAUAAAUAAACAUCUGUCCAUUUCUACUUAGCAAUAUAAAGUACUACAGAUUUUUAAACUCUCUCUAUUGAAAACACAUCAUGAUAGUCCCAAAUUCCAUACUAUGUUUUUUUCCCACUUCUACACAUACAUAUUCUAAUUAGAAAAUUUUCUUACAUUAUAAGGAUUCAUAGAAAUCAUCUGGCUUAAAAAUAUUUCAUUUCAGUAGAAUAAUUCAGGCCUAAGAACAAUUUACAUGUAAUAUUAUAAACAUCUGUGGACUCAAGAUUCACCCUGAAAAAUAAAGCACUGAAGAUUUGUUUGAAAGUCACUGUGAUGCCUUCCUAAAUUCCAUAAAAUUCCAUUCUUCCCAGACAUUACUUCUACCCUGAAUUUCAUGUUUAUCAUAAUUAUGCAUGUGUAUACACUUUAGCUACAUGUACAAAUGCUCAAAAAUAAUAGAUAUAAUUAUUUCGCAUGUUUUAAACUUGAUUUAUAAAUGAGAUGAUCCCUUUGUGAGACCCGCUUUUGUUGUUGCUGCUUUACAUUGCAUUUCGGAGAUGAAUCCCAGCUAACUCAAGUAGCUAUAGUGUGUUCCUUUCCUUUUUGCUGCGUUUAAUACAGUAUUGCAGUAUGUGAAUAGUCUAUAAAUUACUUGUCCACUUAUCUAAAGGUAUUUAGAUUAUUUCCUAUUUUUGUCUUCUUCAAGUAAUUCCGUAAUGGGUUUUUUCUAUACAUCAGUGGAGAAGUGGACAGGAGUGGAGAGACUGGACCUUAGGAUAUGCAGCUCCUCAAAUAUCACUAACCUGCUUUCUGAAGUUGUUGCUCUAUCAUAUACUCUCCAUGGAAGCUCCACAUCCUCAUCAAUAUUUUGUUUUGCUGGACUCACAAAACUUUUGCCAGUUUCAUAGCUGUGCCAUGAUAUGCCAUCAUUUUAACUUGUAUUUCUCUAAUGACUCAGGAAAUUAAAUACCUUUUUCUUGUGUUUACUGGACAUGGAGAAUUUUCUUCUAUCAAUUGACUAUUGAUCUUCUUGGCUCAUUUUUCCCCUUAUCAUUUGUCUUUAUAGAUUUGUAAGAAAUCUUUAUGUACUUGGGUACUAAUCCUUCUUUGGUUAUAUGCAUGGCAAAUAUCCUCUCUCAAUAUAUGCCUGGACUUCUUUGAUGUACAUGAAUUUUUAAUCUUAACAUAUCAACUUCAAUAUUUUUUCUCUGUGGACUUCACUUUUUAUGUCUUAAUAUUUAAUAGACUCUUCUCUUCCAAUCUGCCCCACAUCAUUAGCUAUCUUUUUCUAAAUGUUUUUAAGCUUUGCUCUGUAUCUUGAAGUCUUUAUUCUACCUCAAAUGCAUAUUUAAGUGUGAACUCAAGUGCUAGUAUUAUAUUUUUAUAUGUCUAGUUUAUUGUGUGAAUAAUUCUUUUAUUUGCACUGAUCCCUAAUGUCACCUAUUUUAUCAAGUUUCUAUAAAUUCAUCAAUAUAUUUCUGAACCCUCUUUUCUAAUGAACCAGUUUCUAUUUCUAAAGCAAAGCUACAUUGCCUCAAUUACUGUCAUUUUAUAUUAAGCCUUAAUAGUUCAUAUGGAAAUUCCCCAUAUCAUGUUCUUUAAAAUCGUAUUGACAACUUGACUCUGCUCUUGCAAACACAUUUUAGAAUUAACUUCCAAGUUCUAUAAAAAAACUUGAGUGGGAUUUUUAUAAUAUUACAUUAAUUUUACAGGUUAAUUUACAGUACUGAGUCUCCCAUCUAGAAACAAGUGUAUUUGUUCAUUUAUUUGGAUUUACUGUUUGAUUUUAAUGAUUAAAUAUGGGCCCAAAACUGACUGCUCACUGUCACAUAGACAGUUAAUAGCAAAACUAGUAAUAAAAGGAAGGUCUUUUGACUCCUUAACAGCUCCUCCAUUAAAAAAGGCUUAAUUAUUUAGUCAGUUAAGAAAAUGAUCUUGGAGUCCUUGCAGUUUCUGCACCCACCAGCAUGAAAACGAAUCCAAUUUCCCAAGUUUACUAGGUCCCUGAUCAUCAGAGUGUGGUCACAGGACUCAUUAGAAAUGCAGAAUCCCAUUCCUUCCAUGGUCCUACAGAAUCAUAAUCCUCAUUUUUUAAAAAUUCAUGGGUUAUUGGUAGGAACAGUAAAUCUGUGAAGUAUCACCAACAAGGAGUCCUAAAAUAUAUUGCAUUGGCUCUUUUUCUCUAAAACCUGUCAAAAUGCUAGUGGUAAUCUUGAGGAGGUCAUUGAAUUGCAAAGGACUCAGACAGGCAACACUGAGGCCUAUACAAUGACCUUUAGGCCAUGCUCUUCCACCCCAGGGUCACAGCAGCCAACAUCUGUUUUGCUGAAUGAACAUCAAAAGUCCAAAAUGAGAAGAGAUUGUCUAAAAACAUAUAUAUUCAUAUUCCUUUAAAGAAAACAAAAUGUUGAGUUUUUUCUAGAAGCAGUAUAUUCAGGAAAAAUGAAGCUCCUUCUGAGAUCUAUAGUUAGUCAAGAAACAAAUACACUUGCUUCGAAAUCCGUAGCUGCCCCCAAUUGGCCUUUUAGGUAUUAAAUGCCAUUGGGGGAAACUGUAGAAAAAAGGUGGAUACUGGGGAGGCAAGCACAGAAGAUUCAGUCUUUAAAACAAAAAAAAAGAUCAGACUAUUUUUUCCCCCCAAGUAAUUAUACACUAUUCAUGUUCAUCUCCAUUCAGCUUUUUUGUUUAUCGACUAUAGCAGUCAGUUAUAUACACGGGGAAUGGAAAAAAAAAAAGUGAGGAGAGGGGAUUGGGCUGGGGGGGCGUGUAAAAAAAAAGCGAGGUCCCUGCAAUCUCACGCGGGGCCGCUAGGGGUACCUUUGUACCAUUUUUCCCCGCGCUGGUCUGGAGCGGAACCUCUGCUGGGGAAAACCAGGGUCCUCGGCGUCUCCGCGAGCCGAGCACCCAGAAUCCAAAAAGAUUUUUAAAAAAGAAGAAAGAACGAAAGAGAGAAGCCACCGCUCUUCCGCUCACCGAACAGGGCUACGACAUCGCUGCCGCUGGUGGGCUUCAGCGCCGGGGAUUCAUUUUGAGGUCAAUUUGCAGUGGAGAUGAAUCUGUGGGAUUAGCGGGAGUAUCUGAUCGCCGCUGGAAGAAGUAACGUCGUUGGAUCGUUUGUCUUCCGUGCUGACGGUCGGAUGCACACGGAGGCGGCUUUGCGUCCCCGGGAGGCUGGAUCCUGGCUGCAGCUGGAGAGGAAACGGGCUCCGUGGACACGUUUUGGAAGUGUCCGUGGGUGAACAGAAGAGAGAGAGGGGGAAGAAAAAGAAAGGGGAGGUGGGGGUGCAGUCGCGGCUGCUCGGAGAAGAGAAAAUAAAUAAAUAAAAACAAAGGGAGCAUCCUGAAUUCUGAAACAAUAUUGCGGGGGUGCUCACGAUGCCGAGACCAAAAAGGGGGUCCAGGAACUGGUGACUACUUUGGCCAGUUGGGCUGGCGCUGGCAGGCAGAGCGGUGUGGACGCCGCCUCCUCGAGUCCGGCAAGGGGCCUGGGGGAGAUGCGGGGUCCGCCUCUGUGGCUGCGGCUCGCCGAGGGAUAGAGACCUGCAGCCAACUGGAGUUGAUUUAUAAGAGGGAAAUCUACAGUUAAUGGCCUCUCUCACCACAUUGCUACUAUGGAAAACAGAGUGGUCAAUAGGAUAUGGUCUGAUAAAAAGCGAUGAUUGAAGAUGCUACUUCAAUACACGUGAAAUCAAUGGGAGAUACUGGCUGCAGGAAGAGCUUUCUGAGCUUUUCUCGACAAGUUCACUCUUGAGAAACAGGACGUGUAUUAUAACACCUUUCUCAAGUGGAUACAAAUACUUUUGCCUCACUGUAACCAGACAACUAGACAACUAAUGUGGGACCAUGGCACUGCCCAGAUGCACGUGGCCGGGUUAUGUUUGGAGAGCAGCAAUGGCGUGCUUGUUACACAGGGGGCUGGGCGCCUCAGUCACUCUCUGUGUGUUGGCGUGUUUGCUUCAGGCUGCCCACGUACUCUCCCAAAAAUUGGAUGAUGCAGAUCCACUGGUGACUACCAAUUUCGGCAAGAUAAGAGGGAUUAAGAAAGAACUCAAUAAUGAAAUUUUGGGGCCUGUUAUCCAGUUUCUUGGGGUUCCAUAUGCAGCACCGCCAACGGGGGAACAUCGCUUUCAGCCUCCAGAACCCCCGUCUCCCUGGUCAGAUAUCAGGAAUGCCACUCAGUUUGCUCCCGUGUGUCCCCAGAAUAUCAUCGAUGGCAGAUUGCCAGAAGUCAUGCUUCCCGUGUGGUUCACUAAUAACUUGGAUGUGGUUUCAUCAUAUGUACAAGACCAGAGCGAAGACUGCCUGUAUUUAAACAUAUAUGUCCCAACGGAGGAUGGUCCCCUUACAAAGAAACAGACAGAUGAUUUAGGUGAUAAUGACGGUGCUGAAGAUGAAGACAUUCGGGACAGUGGGGGCCCUAAACCAGUGAUGGUGUAUAUCCACGGCGGCUCGUAUAUGGAAGGUACUGGAAAUUUAUAUGAUGGGAGUGUCUUGGCAAGUUAUGGCAAUGUCAUCGUCAUCACAGUCAACUACCGCCUUGGGGUACUUGGUAAGACGUCUCUUAUUUUUACACCAUUAAUCCAUGAAGUAUGUGAUAGCUUUGUUCUGACUUCUGUUUUGCUCUGCAUUGUUUCACUCACUGUUCUAUGCUUGAUGACUUGUUUGAAAAAAAAGUUCUGAUCUUUUCAACAAAUUCUAUAAAUGUUCGUAAAUUACUAGAUGAAAGACAGCCAGGUUUGAUUUUAAGAUUUAAAGGUAAAAGGGAAUGAAAUGCUUCACCUUGUUGAGGAAUGUUCUGGGCUUUGUGAGUUUGACUUUUGUAGAACUGUGCAAGGUAACAAUCUGCUGAGGAAAAUUUAGUCCCUGGACAAAUUUUUCUUUCCUUACUUUUCUUUUUCACAAUGCAGUAAAAUUCCCCAGAGUUUGCCAUGAGCUUGGAAACAUGUAUGGACUGGCUUUGUGACCUAAUGAUUUGCCAAUGUGGUGUAGAUUUCUUUUUAAUUUGUCAUAUAAUAAUUAGAAAUAUUUUGUCUACGUGUAUUUUGAGUAAAUUAUUUGAUAUGGACAGCGUAUGUUGAGUAUAUAAAGUGACAAAGUCUUCGAUUCAAUAAUUGUGUACAUAGGGAGCAAAGGCAAAAUGGAGAUUCUUGGUUUGAAGGUAUCUGUAGAGAAAUAUUUUUGCAAAAAAACUAAUAAGCAUUCUAAAACAAGCAUGUUGUUUAUGAAAUAACCCAUUUAUAAAAGAUAAACUUGCUAUUCUACUUGUAUAAAUUUAAUUUUUUAGUAUUGUCACAAUUCGAGGAGUAAAAUUACUAUGUAAUUUAAUAAAGCACGUUUAUCUGCAGUAUUUUAGUUAGUAUUUGCUGAAAGAGUACAAUGCAUCAAAAACAGUUAUGUUUUUUAAAUCUUUGUCAAAGAGACACCUUCCUUAUUCAUUCUUUAUUCUAAAAUAUUUUGAAAAAAAGAAUUUAAAUUAUAUUCUCUUUUAUAAUAAUUGUCAGUAUUAUAUAUUUAGCCAUUGAGAAAUCAGUUGUUUUCCUCUUCAGUGUUAGUACUAUUCUAACUCCUGUGUAAUUAUAAUCCUAUAUUUAUGCUACUCUCAAAAUACAAAAAGAGAAUGAGUUUUGUCAAUCAUUUGUAUGUUUUGGAGAACGAGGUAUUUCAGGAAUGCAAAAUUGAAAUCUUGAUCUUUUUCUAGUUUUCUAUUUUAAAUUUAGAGUAUAGGGGAUGAGAUAAUAGAUACACUGUAUCAAUGUAGGUAUAAAAUAUUUCUGUAGCUUUGUUCAAGUAUACAUUACCUCCUCCAUAGUGUCCAAUCUUGCAUUGCUUCAGGUGUUCUUAUAAUUUCAGCCACAGGAUUAAAUGUCUUCCUACCUCUGGAAGCCCUGUGUGUUAGAAGGUCUGUGGAGAUGGCCCUAAUAAUUCUUAAAUAUUUUAGUGUUUCAUUUGUUUCUCAUGGAACAUUUUAAUGUGAGGAUCUUCAGUAACUUGCAUGCGUUUAAUUUAAAUUACAGUACUGUUUAUACCUCAAUUAUUUUUAUUAUUGUUCUCAUAUUUUUCGGAAUUUCUCAAGUUUUAAAUCCUGAUGCAGUGAUCAGUUUGAUGAUUGAAUAUCUGCAACUACAUUCCAAAGUGCUGUAACAGUGUUCUUAAAAACUUGAACAUCCACUUUGUGUGUGUGUGUAUAUGUGUGUGUGUGUAAAGACAUUUAAAGAAUCUUGACCACACCUUACGUUGCCUUGUUAUGGUAUUGGUUGUAAUCACAUAAGUAAGGUUCCAUCAAGUGAACGAUGUUGUUCUGCUAAUAUAAGCUUUGCCACUGUUUUAUGUAUUCAGAACUGAUGAGGACCUGAUUUUGAUCAAAUUUGAAUCCUAUAUUCAUGCUCAUAUGCUGUUUUUAAAUGCCAUACUCUGAAUGAAUGUUAAAGGAGAAUGGAUUAACCAGCUAAAAAAUGAAGAAAUCCACUUGUUUGGUCUGUAAAAUGGCAAGUGGUGUUGAUAAUGCAUGAUUUUCCCAGCGUUGACUAUUUGUUCUUGCUCUGCUUCAGUUUAGGGUUUAACUUUAGUUGUCUUCUAAUAAUCACCACUGUGGAUCAGCUGUCCUUUAUUGACUUCCUCUCAACAUGAAAAUGUACAAAACUCUUAGGAAAUGCUUUUAGGUGUAUCUUGGAACAUUUGUUCUGGAAUGGGUAUAUUCUGGUCACUUUCUUCCUACAAUCUAUGUUAGGCUUUGUGAAAAUGUAUUUAAGUGAGUUGAUUCAUGAAAAAUAAAUGAUCAGAAUAUUUAUUUCAGCACAAUAUGCAUGUGUGGUAUACCAUAACCAGAGCAACAGCUCCUCUGACAGAGCUGCGACCAAGACCGUAGGG